CACACACACACACACACACUCUCAGCAGCCCGUCAAUGGGAUACUCAGCAUACGGACUUCUUUGCACUGCUGCAUAAAAACGUUUUCUUUUGAAUAUUUUGGAUCUUUAUUGUUUUCCAAAAAAACAAACAAAAAAAUAAAAACAAUAACCGCUGCACCUUUGCGUUCAUUUGUUGCGAAAUUCCCCUUAUGACUGUGCGGCAUGGGUAGGACACGGGCUUUUACUCUGUGGGGAGACACCGUCCUGGUCCUUUUGCUUCUCUGGGAAGGCUCGUGGGGACUUUACUUUCCUCAAACAUACUCAGAGGACAUUUAUGUUGGCCAGGCAGCUGGUACACCAGUGCUGCAGGUGCACGCCAUGCAGGAUAGAGCUUCAGAGCAGCCAUACUUCUGCCUGUACUGGUGGACGCUCCAGAAAUCUGUUCCUUAUGCAUCAUGGUUCCAUAUCGACACUGCCACGGGAGUGAUCUACAUGAACAAAACUCUGGAUUGGAGUGACUUUGAGUCAAUAUCUAGCAGUUGGCCUACAAAGACCAAGAGAUUGACCCUGAAAGUGUCAGCAGCCCCUGUGAAAACGCAGUGCACAAAGUUGAAUAAUGUGGAGGUCAGUCUUACAUUCUUCAAUGCCACAGCGCCCACAUGUGGCCAAAUUACGAGACAAAGACUGUGUUCACGUGUUCAAGAGAUAAAAACUCAUAUAAAGGAGAACCGCUUGCCUGGACCUCUGCUUCAGCUCCGUCGCUUUACCCUUGCUGACCUCUGCCCCAACUACACCAUCAGCUACAGCCUGGAAACAGAGAUUCCAGUGCCAUUUGCAGUCAAUGUCUCCACUUCUGAGCUGAUAGUCACAGCACCUGUAGAUCGUGAGGUGAAGGAGGUUUAUAAUCUGUCGAUAGUGUGUUCAGUACAAACUGAAAAAAUAUCACACACUGCUGUGACUACUUUGAAUAUCAUUAUAUAUGAUGAGGAUGACAGUCCUCCCUAUGUGAAUGGCACAGACACUGAGGACGUGCUUAUAGCGUUUAGCCGCAGUGAGGGAGCUGUGUUUGGCAAUAUGUUUGUUUACGACAGAGACACGACUUCUGCCUAUCACAAGGAACAGAGCCAGAAUAAGUAUGAAUGGACAUUACUGACGAAUGACUCCUGGAUUAAAAACACAUUUACCAUUGAACAGAACUUUAGUGAGGAAAAGCUCAUCUUUGGCAACGUUCGAGGGACAGUCUAUAAGUACAAGCUGCGUCUCAAAAGGAACAUUCCAGUAGAUGAGAAUCGCUCAUUUCAGUUGGACUAUCUGGUCAACGACACUACAUUUCACGGCCCUGAGGGAACUGUGAUGCUGCAUUUCAAUGUUACUAUUUUGGCUGUUCCUAUUAGCUUCAGUAAUAUCACUUACUUCUUUGUGCUGUCUCGGAAGUCGAUGACCUACUCUCAGAUUGGAAAAGUAUGUGUGGACAACUGCCUGAAGUUCAUGGGUAUAGAAAUUGAAUACCAUUUAGAGUUGAGUGACAGGAACCUCUCAGCUAAUGCUCAGUCCUGCUACACAGCGGUUGAUGUGGCUCGGAAUCUGGAGUACAUGUCUGGCGUUCUCUAUGUAAAUGACACAGAGCCGCUGCGCAGGCCUGAAUGCCAGGAGCUGCAGUAUGUGCUUGUUGCUCAUGAGAAGCACAAACAGCUUGAGGCAAAAACAAUAGUCAUCAUCAUUUUGAAGGCAGAGGUAAUCAUUGGACAGCAUUCUCUGGCCUGUGCAGAGAAAAGACAGCAUGGGGAGUGUGAGAUAUUCAGAGGCCUGGGAACUCCCACUGGGAGAUGUCAGUGGAGACAAGGCACAGAAAAAGUGAUAUCAACAAAUUACUCCACUUGUUCUCCAGACCUGCGUACAUGUCCGGAUGGCUACUGUGAUGUGAUUGAAAAAAAUAUAUCCAUAUGUCCACAGGAUUGCACUCGUGAGCCAGUUAUUGGAGGCCAUGAGAAAGGCCUGAUGCUUGGCAUUAAGGCAGGGCAUGGAACCUGCUACUGCUAUUUGGAGAAGUGCUUUUGUGAGCAGGAUGAUAUGGAAGAGGCAAUAUGCGAAGAUAUGUGUAAGACUGUCAUAGCCACAGCAGUUCUUUUGUCCUUUAUCGUCUCCAUCCUCCUCUCCUCCUACUUCAUCCACCGGUAUCAUAAGAACACCCCCAAACCUCCCAUCGCUUCAGCUGAAAUGACUUUCCGUAGGCCUGCCCAGUCCUAUCCUAUCAGCUACUCAGCCAACAAUGUUCGACGAGGAUCUCUGGACUCCAUGGAAAACCAGGUGGCCAUCGACACCUUCAAGAUACCUGAGGAUCCAAAGUGGGAAUUCCCACGAAAGAACCUUGUCCUGGGUAAAACUCUUGGUGAGGGAGAGUUUGGGAAGGUUGUAAAAGCAACGGCAUUCCGGCUCAAAGGAAAGGCGGGAUACACUACUGUAGCUGUAAAAAUGUUAAAAGAAAACGCCUCUCACAGUGAACUUCGUGACCUUCUGUCAGAAUUCACCUUGCUAAAGCAGGUCAACCAUCCACAUGUAAUAAAAAUGUAUGGAGCUUGUAGCCAGGAUGGUCCCCUGUAUCUAAUUGUUGAAUAUGCCAAGUAUGGAUCGCUCCGAAACUUCCUGAGAGAGAGCCGGAAAGUAGGGCCCAGCUAUAUGGGCAAUGAUGCUAACCGAAACUCCAGCUACCUUGAGAAUCCGGAUGAAAGAGCUCUGACCAUGGGAGACCUCAUAUCGUUCGCCUGGCAGAUCUCCAGAGGAAUGCAGUACCUGGCUGAAAUGAAGCUUGUUCAUAGAGAUCUUGCGGCCAGGAACGUACUUGUAGCAGAGGGCAGGAAGAUGAAGAUAUCAGACUUUGGUUUGUCUCGGGAUGUCUAUGAGGAAGACUCCUAUGUAAAGCGGAGCAAGGGUCGUAUCCCUGUCAAAUGGAUGGCCAUUGAGUCCUUGUUUGACCAUAUAUAUACCACCCAAAGUGAUGUCUGGUCUUUCGGGGUGCUGUUAUGGGAAAUUGUGACCCUGGGUGGAAACCCUUACCCAGGAAUUGCGCCUGAGCGGCUCUUUAAUCUUCUCAAGACUGGCUACAGGAUGGAAAAACCUGAGAACUGCACUGAGGAAAUGUAUAGUCUGAUGCUUCGCUGCUGGAAGCAAGAACCAGAUAAGAGACCAACCUUCAGUGAGAUCAGCAAAGAGCUGGAGAAGAUGAUGGUGAAAAGCAGAGAUUAUCUGGAUCUGGCAGCUUCCACUCCGGCAGAUGCCCUGUUAUAUGACGACACUCUGUCCGAAGAGGACACCCCUCUAGUGGACUGUAAUAACGCCCCUCUCCCUCGAACCCUCCCUUCCACUUGGAUUGAAAACAAGCUCUAUGGUAGAAUUUCCCAUGCAUUCACUCGAUUCUAAAACAAACAAAAAUAAUAAUCGAAUCUGUUUGUCUUUAAAUGGCUUCCAUAGGGAGGAUGUGCUGUGAUUGUGCUAAUGGCAUGAAAGUGAGAGGUGUCUGAAAACUUCCUGAUAUUUUGAAAGAUAGUAUGUGGUGUAAAUGAUCAGAUUUCUGAUUUUGGACCUGCUUCUGAUGUACACAAACACAUUCCCAGGUUCACAUUAGUUCAUAUUUAAAGAACUAAAUUUAAGUAUGAUAAACAUUUUGUAUAAGUUCAUGUUUCAGAUACUUAUUUUGUAUUCACUGACUCAAUUCCACCUUGAUUUAUAGUUGUAUUUGGUAUACAUUUGAAACAGGUCCCAUCAAAUAAAUCUGUUUGGUAUGAAUCACAUACUGACGGUCUCUGUAAUAUCUUUGACAUAUUACAGAAGUUGUGUUUAUAGUAGGCUCAAAAUGCUGAAAAGAGAAGCAGUAAGGCUUUUUAAUCAAACUCUUCCAUUAUGAUUGAACAAGCAAGGCUUUACACAUUAGUCAUUUGGUGUAUUUAGCAAUAAACAUACUUCUUAUGUAGCCAUUCUAAUGCCCGAUAAUCUGGAAAAAAAUUUAAAGAUUGCAUACUAAAAAAAGCUGCGUUGGUAUUCCAAAAUAAAUAGACAUUAGGUAAAGACAAAACAUGGAUAACAAAAACAUCACAGUAGGUAACUGCAUGAAUGUAGAAACACUCCAUGUAAAUACUGGAUCCAAAAACAUCUCUCAUGCACACAUACAUUUAAAUAUUGGUGUUGAAAACAAACAACAAAUCAGUUUCAUUUGAGAGCCUUACUGUCUGCCCUCUAUUUUUUUUUUCCUUCAGUUCAGAAACAGUGAUAUGUUUUCGUUUUUAGGCAUGUCAUACCCGAACUGGCCUGAGAAGAGCCCGGUACUACUCAACAGACUUGAUGCAACUAAUCCAGAAUUUACAAGAUAUGCCAAUGAUAGUGUUUAUGCAAACUGGAUGGCUUUGCCUUCUCCUGCAAAAAUUAUGGA